AUUAAACUACUGAUGCAGCAGUUCUUUCAGAUAAAAAUGGCACACUACCAAUGAACAACUCCUGGAGAAUUUUGAACUUUGUAUGCAGGGAACUUGAGCAUUGAUAGCAAAGACUGCAUUUGCCUACGCCCAACAGGUACCAUGGACCAAAACAUCAUUACAGAAGUCCCUGCAUCUCUCAAACGCUUAGCAAAGUACAUUGUGCGUGGAUUCUACGGGGUGGAGUACUCGCUCACACUGGACAUUCUCAUUCGCUAUCCCUGUGUGAAGGAGGAUGAUCUGCAACAGCUCCUGAAGUUUGAGAAGAAGCAGCUCCGCUCUGUCCUCAACACCUUGAAAUCUGACAAGUUUCUUAAGAGUCGAAUAAGAGUUGAAACCAAUGCUGACGGUAAAAGUUCCAGACAUAAUUACUAUUACAUCAACUACAAGCUGCUGGUAGAUGUGGUCAAAUACAAACUGGACAUCAUGCGCAGAAAAAUUGAAACUGACGAGAGAAAUUCAAGCACAAGAUCAUCUUUCAAGUGCCCGCUCUGUUUCAGCACCUUUACAGAUUUGGAAGUCAAUCACUUGUUUGACCCUUACACAGGCAACUUUAACUGCACAUUCUGUCACACUGAGGUAGAAGAAGAUGCUUCCGCAAUACCUAAACGUGAUGCUCGAACACUUCUGGCAACGUUUAAUGAACAAAUCGAACCAAUUUAUGCACUUUUGCAUGAGACGGAAGAUAUUGCUCUUCCACAUGAACUUUUGGAACCACAACCAACUGAGAUCCCGGAACUAGCAAUAAGCCAGAAUCCUCCGACACAUGGCCUUAAAAGUAAAGAUCAUAUAGAAAAAUGGUCAAAUAAAGCAGUUUGCAAUGACCUCUAUGAACAAAACAUUGUUGUAAAUGUCCAAGAAUCUGAUGCUAAAUCCAAGAAAAAGACGGUGAAGCCUGUUAAAUCACAGCCCAUCUGGAUGACUGCAAGCACUGUUGAGGGAGUUGGUUUGGAUAAAGUGGAGAAUUCAGUUGAACACACCACAUCUGAAAUGCUUGAAGAUGAAACUCUGAAUAGCAAGGUUCCAAAUUCUGAGGUCAUAAAAACACUUAUGAUUCAUGAGAAAAGAUCAGUAACUGGAGCAACCUUCACUUCAAAUGCAAAUCGGAGUGAACCAGAUAGUGAGACCAGUGAAUCUGAGGAUGACUCAAACAAUACAAAACCACCAACAAAAUUGGACCUAAAAGAAGAGGAAAAUGAUUUUGUACCAGAGAAAUCAACAGUUAUGGUUGCUGGAAAGGUGCAUCUCUACAGUGAAACGUUGCUAGACCUGAAUUUUUCCAGAUCUGGGAAGUCAGUACGUGACAGUGACUUCCAAAAUCAAAAUCAAAAUCAAUGCUGGGAAUGCCGUCAGCAUGAUGAUAGGUGUGCAGGAACCUGUGGAGUGGUCAUGCAGCUUAGAAGGAGUGUUGAAUGCAAGUGUUUUGAUGUUUAA